AUGACGAGGGCCCAACUCCCUGCCGAGAUAUUCAUUCACAUCGCAGUGUAUUUAGAACCUGACGCAUGUUACAGACUCAUCCAGGCUGUUGAUGGCCUGGAUCAACUUCUCGCACAUGAGAAAUUCACGAGGAAGGUGAGAAGAACCGGAGAUACAAUUGUGCACCUGGCCGCAAGCCAAGGCAAUGAAAAGAUAAUACAAACUAUUAUUGCGAAGGCCGUGAACAUCCAAGUCCGAAAUAAUCAUGGGGUCACGCCUUUAGCCCUGGCUGCACAUCGAGGACAUAAAGCAAUUGUGGAGUUUCUCAUAUCUGCUGACGCAAACGUCAACGAAUUGGAUAAUCGUGGGUUUACUCCCCUACAUGGCGCGGCCUACCAUGGAUCAGAUAUGGUGCUCCAAGUACUCCUUGAUGCUGGUGCAAAUCCCUAUACGACCACUUAUCGCGGUACCGCACUACAUAUGGCCAUACGGAAUGGUCAUCUUUCGACUGUAUCACUGCUUCUGGGGAGAAUGCGGAUGCCCCCGGAUACGACAGACAUACGGAGUGGCGCUCUGGAAGUGGCAGCAAAAUACGGCCGUACGGCAGUUUUCCAGCAGCUUAUUGAGGCUCGAUUUGAGAUUUCAGACAAGACUUUGCAAGCUGCCGCUUCGUCAGGAAGAGCAAAGAUAGUCAAAAUCCUUCUUUCUCAAGUAUCUUUCCCAGAGAGUGCAAGGCGUGCAGCGCUGCUUCAGUCUGUUAAGCUUGGGUACACUUCGGUGGUACGGUUACUUGUUAGGACCGGCCUGAAUAUCUCGAAAGUGGACACCGAAUUGGCCGAGUCAUUAGGCUAUUCAGGCAGUAUCAGAAUACUUCGACUUCUUGAUGAUACGUGGGUCGAUUCGAACAGAUCCUUAAUAUUGCGUUUUGCUGCCAGCCGAGGCCAUACUGCAAUGGUUGAAUAUUUUGCCCAUUCACGAUGGUUGAACCAUGAGAUGUGCAGACAAGCGCUCCAUGCUGCCGCUCUUGUAGGCCAUUAUGCCGUGGUUAAGACUCUUCUUGACUCUGGUUUUGAGAUGGACAAAAAGAAAAGGAAAAGAUGGUUUGCGAAGUGUCUACGGCUGGUCAUCUAG